UUUUUUUAUUUUUGUUGGAACCCUUCGAUUUUUAUUGGAACCAUUUUCUCAAUUUGCCGCAACAUGAGAGGAUACUACCGGACAAGUAAGGCGGCGGGUGCCAUGAUUUUUGCCGCACAUUUUUUUUUCUGGAACCAGCAUUUUGACUUGUUACAAUCGGCAAGGAUGGUGCUGGGCUGCUACAAUGGCGGGACCAUGCUUUUUUUUGCUGCAUUGUUCUUUUCAUAUUUGUUGGAGCUAUAUCAUUUUUUGUUGGAACAAUGUGUUUUUUUUGCUGGAACCAUAUCAAUGUAUGUUCGUUGAUAGCAUUUUUGCUGCAACCACUUUAUUGUUUGCUGGAGCCAUAUCAAUUUUUUGCUGGAAUCAUGUGUUUUGCUUUGUUUUUUUCUGCUGCAACCCGUGAGCGGCGACGGCAAGCAACGAGCUUGGAGAACCAGCAAAGCUUCGAGGUCGUGUGGGCAUGAAUCGAUGGCGCUUGUUGCGUUUUUGUUUCCUUGUGCUUGCGGGGAAGAAGGAUAGGGAAGGAAAAACAAAAAGGACGUGAGAUCUGACGGCUCACGACUUUCAGAUCGGAAGGCUAGCAGCCGACCGACCGAAAGUUUAUGCCAUGAUUUCUUGAUGCUUCAUUUGAGCUAAUUUUUUUUUGAGAGCUUUCAUUCGAGCUAAUAAAGUGCACCCUUUGUCGAAAAAAACAAGAGUGCAUCUUUCUCGUAGUGGGCUAGUCGGCAGUGGCCCAUCAUAGCCCACAUACCUAGGGUUCGCGCGGAAGGCAUAAACACCGCGCCGGCUUGCAAAUAGAACCCUGCCGCCGCCGCCGUUCUUCUUCCUCCUCGUGUUAGAGUUAGGGUCGUCAGCUUUCUCAGAUCAGAGAUGGCGGUGCCGCUUCUGACGAGGAAGAUCGUGAAGAAGAGGGUCAAGCACUUCAAGAGGGCCCAUAGCGACCGCUACAUCGGCCUCAAGACCAGCUGGCGCAGGCCAAAGGGUAUUGAUUCCCGUGUGAAGGGAAAGUUCAAGGGAUGUACUUUGAUGCCCAACAUUGGCUAUGGUUCUGACAAGAAGACCAGGCAUUACCUGCCAAACAAGUUCAAGAAGUUUGUUGUCCACAAUGUCUCUGAGCUGGAGCUGCUUAUGAUGCACAACAGGACAUACUGUGCUGAGAUCGCCCACAACGUCUCUACCAAGAAGCGGAAGGACAUUGUGGAGCGUGCUGCGCAGCUGGAUAUUGUUGUCACAAACAAGCUUGCUAGGCUUCGCAGCCAGGAGGACGAGUGAAAUGUUCUUCGCAGUGCUGUUAUGGCCGCUUUGCUUGUUGGAAACUGUUUGCUCUGGGAGCUUGUUUACUCAUCUGUUAGUUUUAUGAUAUGAACAUGCUGUUAUUAUCAGUAACGAGUGGCAGCCUGAAAUUUUGUUAAUGGUAUCAACAUCUCAAUCAGAAACUUGCUUUGUCUCUUGAAGACAGCAUGCUGA